GUUACUCCCAUCAGAUAUUGUUCAUCUUCAUCAUCAUGUUCUCUGUAGCUCCUCUGCUGCUGCUUCUGGCUGCUGGAUCCUGUGUAAAGUGUGAGCAGCUGACACAGCCAGCCUCUGAGAGUCUGCAGCCAGGUGAGAGGCUGACCAUCACCUGUCAGGUCUCUUAUUCUGUGAGCAGCUACUACACAGCUUGGAUCAGACAGCCUGCAGGGAAAGGACUGGAGUGGAUUGGUAGCGAAUGUGUUGGAUGCACUAAAUACUACAAAGAUUCACUGAAGAACAAGUUCAGUAUGACCUUGGACUCUUCCAACAAGAGAGUGACUCUAAAUGGACAGAACAUGCAGCCUGAAGACUCUGCUGUGUAUUUCUGUGCCAGAGAUCCACAGUAACACAAACCAUCAGCAGA